CAGCUGAAUCGGAGAACAACAUCAUAAACACGGUGCUACUUUUUGUUAUUCUAUACAGAAAGCUUGUUUGUAAUGUAAAAAGACGCGUAUGCGCGUUAGCAACAAUCGUCACGGCCUAAGUUAGCUAACCGACUUUUGGCUACGGAAAUUUUCCUACAAGUUCUUCAAAGAUGGUAGAAAGAGGUACUGUUCUGUUGAGAAAAAUGGAGAUAAGUGUGGCAGAAGCGGAUAAGAGGACGGGGAAGAACACUGUUAACAUGCAGGAAACCUACACUGUCUACCUCAUAGAAACACGACCAGCUGAAUCUGUCCCAGAAGGAGGUACGCCAGCUGCACCUGACACGUUGUGGAGGCGCUACAGUGAGUUUGAGCUACUGAGAACUUACCUCCUGGUCACCUAUCCUUACAUAAUCAUCCCUCCAUUGCCAGAGAAAAGGGCUGAGUUUGUGUGGCACAAGCUUUCAGCAGACAACCUUGAUCCAGAUUUUGUUGAGAGACGGAGAGUUGGUCUGGAAAACUUCCUGCUGCGUGUUGCGUCACAUCCUGUCUUGUCCAAUGACAAAAUUGUCUUCCUCUUUCUUACAGAGGAAAAGGGAUGGAGGGAUGCUGUUCAAGAGACGGGUUUUCAAGACAAGGUGGACUCUAGGUUAAAGUCUUUGAGUGCCAUGUUAAGAGUCAAGAAUCCUGACAAGAGAUUCAUGGGAUUGAAACACUACAGCGAUGAGUUGAACACGAUCAUUUUGCAGUUACUCAGGGUGAGAGCGCGGGUAGCAGACAGAGUGUAUGGAGUUUACAAAGUUCAUGGAAACUAUGGCAGAGUUUUCAGUGAAUGGAGCGCUAUAGAAAAAGAAAUGGGAGAUGGACUCCAAAGUGCUGGCCACCACAUGGACACGUAUGCUGCAGCAAUAGAUGACAUCCUUGAAGAAGAGGAGCACUAUGCCGACCAACUGAAGGAAUACCUUUUCUACACUGAUUCUGUCAGGUCGGUGUGCAGGAAACAUGAGUUGAUCCAGUAUGAGCUGGAGAUGGCAGCACAAGACCUCACGUACAAGAAACAGCAGAAAGAAGAACUGGCAACUGGGGCGGUGCGGAUCUUCUCUCUAAAGGGAAUGACCAGUAAAUUAUUCGGACAAGAGAGUCAGGAGCAGAGGGAGGGCAGGAUAGCAGCCCUGGAGCAGAGCAUCCAGGAGGGAGAGGAAGCCAUAAAGGAGAAGGACGCUGAAUGCCAGGAGUUUGUGCAAAAAGCUUGGACUGACAUUGAACGCUUUAAGGAGCAGAAAGACAAAGAUUUACGGGAGGCCCUAAUCAGCUAUGCCAUUAUGCAAAUCAGCAUGUGUAAAAAGGGAAUCCAGGUGUGGUCUAAUGCCAAAGAGUGCUUCAACAAAAUGUGAGCCACUUAAGGGACCAAAUCGCACCCUUGACCAAAAGUAGCAGUCGUUCGUUCAGGUUGCACAGACUUCAGCCAUCGGCAACUCGUCCUGCAGUUGUGUGGAGAAAGGCAGGGAGCUCGAACACUGCCUCCACUUGUCUUACGCGGCAACGGAUAAUAAUUCUGCCAACAUUUCUGUUUUUCUUUUGUUGUUUUUCCUGCAUAUUAUUUGAAAAUGUUGAAGCAAACGCUGUGACUGUAUGAUUUUUCCUUAAUCCUAAAUUUGAAAAAACGAGCAGCAGAUUACAACUCUAAAUCAGGUCAUGAGAAGCUGCACAUGGAUGUUAGAAUCCGCUUCAUAGGAGAUGUACUUUUAGUAAUUUGACAAUAAGCUAAAGAAACUGAGGUGGACAGCAGUUUUAAGAUGAAUUCUUGGAAAUAAUCUUGAACGUAGCAUUGAAUAUUAAGACGUUUGGUCAGAUUUCUUUCAGAUGGAUGCUCCACCUUAAAUAAUGAGCUCCACUACAGUUUCAGAUUUUAUACGAAAUACGUCAUCGAAGUUCAGGUACAGAUUACAUGCGAAGAAAGGUGGACUGCCAGACUUUGAACUGUUAAAGUAAACGAUGAGUGGUUAUUUUAUUGUUAAAUAAUGAAUCCACGCUGCCAAAUAAUAUGCCUUGCAUGUUUCCUUGUUUACCUCCUUGAUGCACAGAGGCAGAACCAUAACUCGGCUGCCUUCCUACUGCAGAGCUUCACAGCCUAAAAAAACCACGACGUUUAAAAACCAACUGAUUUCAGUGUGACUCGUCACCGUUUUGUGACCUAAAUGAAGGAGCUAAUACGCUCUAAUCUGGCUUUGUGAAGUAUAGAAACCAAACACACGCAUUUAUCCUUAAAGGAGGCGAAAUUAGGUACCAAAUGGAUCUGAAAGUGCAGAUAACCACAAACCUUAAGUUUUUGUUUCAGAAUCAGCCUGAAGCAGAUUUUUUUUAUUUUUACAUCAAAUCCAUUAAAAGUUGUGCUAAUUUGCAAAAUAUGUAAUAAAGUUUUUGAAUCAU